CGAAUAACUCAUGCUGUCAAACUCACUGUUACCAUUCAUCAUCUCUUGAUACAAUAUCAGGACCUCUCCUAUCUCGAUACGGAAAACUUUCGGGAAAAUAAGGUUACACAGUUCCCAGCUGUAACAGUACAAGUCAGAGAACAGUAAUUACAGUUCCUCAUUAAAGCAUUAUCUCCCUAGAUAAUUCCCAGAAUGCAUCGUAAAAACAAAAGCAGCGUGGCCGUUUCCUCAUGACGUGCACUGACAAGAAGUGACGUCACUACACUCAGAUUUAGGUUCAAGUUAUCGAGCAUGGAGCAUAAACUGAGCCGUGUUAAUGAUUGAUCAUCACCUUAUCUCACUGUCCUCGUACGAACUGUAUCAAGCCUCUGUGAAAUGGGAAUGGCCUUUCAUGGAUGCAGCAAGAAAGAGCUUGUGAAGUGAAUCCUUUUAUUUUCACCACACCACAUCCUAUCUUUCUUGACUUGUUGACGACGAUGCACUCUUCUGAGCUGUGCCAUCACUGGCCCUCCUAUGCAGCCUGUAAUCCCAUUCACUGAGCCAUGAUUUACCUCCUCACUGAACUAGAGCGUAUCCCAUCGUGUCUGCAAUGGAACACACUGCAGUCGCUCUCACACACUCCACCUGCUGACUUUCUGAACCGCUCACGGUAUCGGCACAAACAGAAUGAGCCACAGACAGACAGCUUCUGGAGAGCAGCACAGGACGGGCUGCAUCCACACUUAAAGAGACAAUCAAACAGACAAAGAAGACAUGACAGGCCAUAAACUAAAACUUAGAGGCUUCAUUAUAAGUUCACACUGGGCAAACACCACAGACAGGGACAUUGAUACAUCAAUCAAUUGCGUGUGUGAAAAAUAUGGUUUCAAUUGUUAGCCUGAAGGAGUGGCAAGCUAGUGCUCGGGCCAGUUUCAACUAAAAGUCGUGUUGAAUGGUAACAAUUAGCAUACUGCUUGUACAAUGUCAAACCCGACACCUGUAGGAACACAAUAAAUGAUUUAUUGUAAAGUAUAGGCCAAAAUGCACCACGACCUCACUGUAGUUUGCUAUUAGCCGUCUGGAUUCCCAUAGUGUUUACAUUGUGGGCAUGAUGAUAACAUAUAUAGUAGUAACUCUAGUUAAAGCCAAUAUCACUACCUGGUGAACAGACUCAACUUGAUCAUACAUUGUAAUAAUAUAGACUAACGUUAAACGUUGUUAAACUGACUCAUUAUUACAAGAUAUAAAAUUGACCUGUCACGUGAUAUUCUCUCUUGCGAUGAGGAAAAGACGCCAAACUAAAAAGCGUUGAAUUAAAAAGUCGACACAUAUAUGAAUACAUAGACACUUGGUAGAACGUGGUUAAAGAGACAACACCCCCCCCUCCGCUGUGUAUAAACUGCUGUUCAUGGCGCUCAUAUCCGCUAAAUCCAGACUUGUUUUUUGAUCCUGUUCUCGUUCGUAAUAUGUAUCAGUCACGUGCUUUCAGCUAUGUAUCGCUUGCCUUUGAAAAGGAACAUCGAAAAUUCUUUUGAAUUGGAGGUAUAGCUCGCGCGCUGGUGUCAUUUUGGGCUUGUUAUAGGACACUGAACUGAAAACUGUCUUAACUGAAGUCGUACUAAGUUAUGAUUGACACUGAACCUUACUGAGCUUAUCUCUAACAACGCGAAGCCCCUCCCGAGCAUUGGUCCGUGGAUAUCCCGUGUCGGCUCGUCACGGUUAGCUUGACAGUCUAAUGAAUGUGCUGCAGCUAGCUUGUGUACUUCUGCUUUACCCGGUGUCGCUGGUAGUGUAGUGCGGUCUGUCUCGCACCGUGGUCGAGUUGAGGAGCGUGCCAUCUCUGGGUUUCUGCCGGCAGCUCUUCAAAUUCACGUCGAUGAAAAGCACACUGGUCGUUAGCGGGCUGCGUAACAGUGGACAUUUUACAGCUGGUCCACUGACGGUAACUUUAAAACAUGCGAGUAGAGUGAUCGAUAGCACGCAGUCCCAAUGUCCGCCCCUGAGCGACGCGCCGCGCGUUCCCGAUACAUCCGCGAGAGCUCAACACCAUCCAAUCGCAGAGCCGCAGCGCCAGCAGUUCUGUACGUGUCAGCACGCGCCACCUACAGGUCGGUGCAGUGCAGUGACCCAGGAAUCUCAGCUGUUCCCAUAAACGUCCCAGCUGAUACGGUCAAACUGCGUCUAGAAAAGACCCCGAUCUCCAGGGUGCCCCGGGCAGCCUUUUACAACCUGUCGGAGCUGCGUUUCCUGUGGCUGACCUACAACUCCAUCAAAACCAUCCACCCCAGCAGCUUUGUCAACCUGAAGGCCCUGCGCGAGUUGCGCCUGGAUGGAAACCUCCUGACAUCCUUCCCCUGGGAGGGGCUCAGGGACAUGCCCCGCCUCCAGACGCUGGGUCUCCACAACAACCGACUGUCAAGCCUUCCUGCCCACGCAGCUCUUUUUCUACCCAACAUCACCUACCUCGACCUGUCCAGCAACAGGCUGACUAUAUUACCUGUUGAGCUGCUGGACCUUUGGUUUCCUCUACCAGGACAACAGGAAGAAUCAGUACAAAGAAGAAUUUUGGGUCUCCAUGACAACCCCUGGUUGUGUGACUGCCAGAUCUCCACGGUGAUGUCCUUGUCCACGUCCCUGGGGAGUCCUGUUGUCCUCAUGGACCAGCUGCUGAUAUGUCGCGGGUCUCCGGGUCAGUUAGGGAUGCUGCUGACCCAGACCGAGCUGUCCCGCUGUAUGAGGCCUUCUGUCCAGCCUGCGGCCACCAGGGUCGUCUCUCCACUGGGCAGCAACGUCAUCCUCCGCUGUGACGCCACCGGCUACCCAACACCGACCCUGACCUGGAUCAAAACCUCGGCCAACACUGAUUGUUGCAAACAAGAUAUCCCUGAGAACUCUGACCAGCUACCUAGGAAUUUGGAGAGUUUUAUGCAGCAAUCUCCUCGAGUGGGCGUUCGCUGGUCGAUAAUCAUCUUGAACGGGUUGUCAUAUGAGGAUGCUGGCGAAUAUCGCUGCCAGGCACGGAACAUGGCAGGGAUAUCUGAAGCCCCCAUCAAACUGAGGGUGGUGGGAGUCUCGAGACUAUCCCGUCUUCCAAAAAAGAAGUCCCAAAAGACUCCACCCAAAUCAUCAUCAAAAUACAGGAAGCCGAACCAGACUCCUACCAAUGCCCCCUCAGUGAAGGACAAUCAGAUACUCCAAAACGUUACCCUACCUUCCAUUAACAAGACCCAGACGGCUCCCAGUCUUUCGCCAAAAGUAUUCUCCAUAGACAAGUACAUUAAAAGGCGCAAAAUGAACUUAACAGAUGCGAAGACCCCGAGAUAUGUCAAGUCUUUACCUGAGCCCCCAGACAACUCUACAACUGCUCUAUUGACAGAGACACUUGGAUGAGAUACACUGAAGUUGGUCUGGAUCCGUCACUUGGUUGAAGUAUAGAAAAUAAAGCGUAAUCAUUUGUGAACUUCUAGUUUUAGUGCUCCUUUUUUGGGUCAUUCUGCACUGCACAAUAAUGCAUCAAUUUGUUGAUGAGGUAUCCUGUAAAUUUAACUUGUUCGUAAGAACAAAAUGUGACACAGGAUGUCUGUGAUGUCUAUAGUUUUCUAAAAGGAUGUUUUGAAACCUGGAGUUUGGGUUUACAGCAGAGGUCUGAAAUUACCAGCCUGCGGUCAGAUCCAACCCGCAGGAUAAAGCCCCCUUUGUUUUUUAUUUGAGUCAUUUAUCUUUAACCCAGGUCCCAGAAAAUAUGUUAGCAUUGUAUGUUUCUACAAAUCUCAGAACCAAAAACACUUCAUGUCAGCCUUGUAUCGCGCUUGCCGAAGCGCACAGUGCCACAUGGUGAACGUUGUAAGAAGAGAGCAACCUGGCCCCUCAUGUAAUUUGACUUUUACCCCUGUUACUGCUUCCCACCAUUACACCCACUACUCGAGCCAGAAAGUUUUUCCAUUUCCUUCUACAAUUCAUGAGUUCCCAUCUGAAUGGAACAUGACCAGUAGGUGAAACCAGCAGAUACAAUAUGUCACUGGGCCUUACGGCAGCUAUACUGUUCAUACUCUACAUACAUACAUAUAACAUGUAAGAAAUAAAUAUAUACAG